ACCGAGGAAGAUACAAGGAAGUGGGGGCCCUGAUUGAAAAUCGGGCUGCAGGUGCAGAAUGGUCCAUCGUGGCGCUUGUAUAAAUAAUUGUAGCACAAUUGCGUCUGCAUUAGAACCUGACACAACAUGAAAUUAAUAAUAAUAGCCAGCCUAAUAGGAGUGGCCCUUAGCGCCCGCCUCGACACCUCGUACCUGCCGCCGAGGGGAGGCGGUGGCUUCGGUGGCAGGCCUUUCGGCGGCGGCGGGGGCGGCUUUGGAGGCGGAGGGGGCGGCGGCGCCAACAUACCGAUCAUACGCUACGACAACAACCCCAACCAGGGCGACGGCAGCUACAACUACGCCUACGAAACGGGCAACGGGAUAAGCGCAGAGGAGAGGGGCCACCUCAAACCGGGGCCGGGGCCGGAAGGUGCGGAGACUGCCGAGGGUUCUUUCUCGUACACCGCUCCGGACGGCCAAAGAAUUAGUCUACAGUAUGUGGCCGAUGAAAACGGCUUCAGGCCCGUCGGAUCUCAUUUGCCCACUCCUCCCCCAAUUCCGGACGCAAUACUCAGGUCUUUACAAUUGGCAAGGACUGACGGCGGUGGCGGUGGAGGGUACGACGGUGACGGCAGCGGACAGUACCGUCCAUCCAAUGCCUACGUACCACCCAGAACUUCAUACAGCUCGUCGGGAGGCUACAAUUACUAGAACCAUUUACAAGCACACACAUGCGCCAGUACGACAAGAGUGACAACGAAUACGUGUUUUUAUUUUAUUUUCUACUGUAUAUUAUUAUAAUAAAAAAUAUAUAAAUAAUGUAACUUAU